AUGCCAUUCAUCAUAGGGAAUGAGACAUUCGAGAAGCUCGGGGCCAUUGGUACACUGUCCAAUCUUCAGGUGUAUUUAACUACGGUUUUCAACAUGUCACGCAUCAACGCGACAACUCUUCUUAACAUCUUCAAUGGCACCACAAAUUUUGCUACCUUGUUGGGAGCUUAUCUAUCUGACACUUAUCUUGGCCGAUACAAAACGUUGGGAUAUGCUUCAGUCUCUUCAUUCCUGGGAUUGCUGUUUAUAACUCUAACAGCAGUAUUUAAGAAGUUACAUCCACCCCAUUGCGGAGCGGACGAUAGUAAAUGCAUCGGUCCAGACGCAGGACAAAUGGCGUUUCUAUGGCUCGGUUUUGGCCUAAUGAUAAUCGGGGCAGGUGGUAUCCGACCGUGUAACUUAGCAUUCGGGGCCGAUCAAUUCAACCCCAAUACCGAAUCUGGGAAGAGGGGUAUCAACAGUUUCUUCAACUGGUACUUUUUCACGAUAACAUUCGCACAGAUGGUGUCAGUAACACUCGUGGUUUACGUACAAUCUGAUGUGAGCUGGUCUAUAGGAUUAGCAAUUCCGAGUAUUUUUAUGUUUUUAUCAUGUGUUCUGUUCUUCAUGGGUACUAAAAUUUAUGUGAAAGUGAAGCCAGAGGGCAGUCCCUUUACUAGUAUAGUUCGAGUAUCGGUAGUUGCAUUCAAGAAGAGGAGGCUGAAAUUACCACCACAGCCUUGGCUCAGCCUAUUCAAUUGUACACCUUCGAAAUCCAUCAAUUCCAAGCUUCCUCACACUGAGCAGUUCAGGUAUAUUGUGUUUUUUCAGUAUAAUUUGAUUCAAAACUCUAGUUAA